GGCAAGUGCCGUGAUGGAACUCGCGUCUCUCUUGACUUUGAAUACACAGAGGCCAGUUUUCCUCAAAAACGAUUGGAUGAAGUAUCCGAAAUGCACCAGCUAACUCAGUGGAUUGCUGCUGAUGAACUUCCAACUCUCGGCUUCAGAGUGCACAUGGCUAGGCAAGUUUAA